AUGGACACCAAGGGUUCCACGUUAAGUGAAACUCAAAGACGACAGCAAAUGCUUUACAAUCAACAAAUUGAAAGGUUUAAAAUAAUCCAGAAGCAAAUUGAAAUGCAAACAGAAAAAAACAAACAAAACAAACCACCUACAGAGAAUAAAAAUGAAGUUGAAAAGCACACAACCAACGCCCACCAACCUAGAACCGGCACGAAACUAAAUGUAUGUGAGAAAUUACAAAAGAUGUUGGAAGGUGGUGGGAAAGACAAUUCCUUAAUGGAAAACACUUUAGAACAGGAAAAGUUUAAUUUCACCGCGAACCAAGUACAUGAAGAUAUUAAGCCUACAGUGGGUAAAAAUUUAAAAAGUCAAAGUAGUGACCCUGUAGUCAUGAAACUCGAUCCCCCCGGUAUAAAAGCGUGCUCCGAUUUUCAUAUAAAUCUGGAAAAUUAUAACUUUACUCCUUAUCUAUAUCAUUAUAUUCCUAUUAGCGAAAUUAUAGACUCCACAAGUAGUAUUAUGCCCAUGUUGCAAAGAUAUGACCAAUUUAGCGAUUUUGUGCGUGAACUACAAAGUUCAAUGGUAAAGGACCAGGACACCAUUUUUAAUCUUGAAGAUGAACGAUUGUUAGCCAAUUUUUUAUUUGAUAUGAAGGAAACAAAUGUAAGCAAUUUCGAUGCAGAAAAUAGGGCGCGCAAAGUCAGUAGCCUCGGCAGCUUGAGUAGCUAUACUUGCAACACUGCCACAGUCGACGCAGCGUUAACGCCCGAGCGAGUAUCAAAUCCUAACAACUGUCUUGAGCUUUGCCGCGACGUAUGCGCCGCGUUGACGGCUGUCAAGCAUACUGACUUAUCCCACGGAACUAGUGCACUCGAUAGAGAAAUUCAGAGACUUGAAUCUGCUCUGGCGAAAAAACCGAUUUGUAGGGUGUUUGCUGGGUUGAACGGGGCGUUACGGACACCAAUGAUGCUGAACGCUUUGGACACCCAAAUAAAAGAAAAAGACAGAAAGAGAUAUGGAUCAAAGGAAGAAGUCAUCGCUGAAAUAGAGACCUACAUUGAAGGCAAAAACAAAGGCUGUAAAAGCUUUGGGCUGAUUGUAUCGCUCUUGAAAAAGAGCUGCUUUAACGGCGGCCACCUAGACGUACAUAUAAAGCUCAUGUCCCCACAAUCUGAUGAUUCUGAUGGAUAUGAUUUAUCUAAGAUAUCAGAGCACACAUAUUACUCAGAAUCAGAAAAGGAACGCGCUGACGCCAAAAAAGAAAGUCUAAGUGAACUCGUGGAAACUACUUUUGUUUCUGAGGAGAAUAAUGAUGAAAGAGAGGAACUAGUAAACAGACUUUGGGAAAAAGUUCGUUCGACGAGCCUUCAUACUUCACCGCCGUUAGCAGAUCCUCCACUCUCCCAUUGCCACCAUCACAGAGGAGCUACUCACCUACAAGAACCACAUAGUCCCUCCUCCUUGCGUUAUAGUCAGGAGGAGAUGGUCUCACUGAUGGACCCACGUAGCGAGGAGGAAGUGAUCACGAGGGCCCGCUUUUUGACUCGCCUCCGGACACUCCUGCUCGAUACCCAACGAGAACUUGAAGAACUGCACAUCUUGCACUCGCCCAGCGGGACUACCUUCGAAUCGAUCGACCUUAUAGAGGGAGACAGAAUAAUUCUUGACCCCGACGCAUGUGCUCUCCUUUUUGUGUUUUCCAUCUGGAAAACGCGUGGUGUGCCUGAAUUAGUCGCACAGGUCAAUGGCCGGUGGCCGGUGAUGUUUUCUUUUAAGUUUUGUGAUAUUAUUGUUAACUCGAAAAAACUGCACUCCUCAGAAGAGUGCACUUCCUUUUGUCAACAUUUUGGAAAGGAAAUAUUUGGAAGUGAGGAGGACACUAUGAAGUUUCUAAGGAAACACGCCACCAUCGUUGUUUCGCUUUGCGAUUCCGAUCGUAUCCUGGCUCAAGCGCCCCUCCGACUAUCCAGUCUGGUUGGUCUUAAUCAAAGUUAUCAGCUCUCAUUGGUCCCUUUAGAUAAAAAUGCUUGCGAACUCGUGAAAAAACUGAGCUGCAGUGUACUUGUCGGGUGCUGCCUUACAAAUCCCUCACAACCUCAGUUUAGAUAUUCUUUCGAUCCGUCUUUGGAUGCGCAUCGUUUACGGCGUGAAGUUAAGGAAGAAAGAAAGAGAGACAGAAAAAAUGUCUAUGAUGAAACACGUGAUGGUUCUUUCCGCAAUGACGCUGCAUUACUCGCUGGGCACGGCUUCUCCUCUCUUAGACAAGUCCGUCAAAGAGACAAACGCCAUGUGAGUAAGAGAACUGACUUAGAGGCCAACUAUAAAAUGCUUGCUGAAAAAAAUAAAGAGACACUGCUGCUUUUGAAGGAAAAAGAUGAAAAGAUACACCAUCUAAUUGGCUUAAUGGCGGAUCAGAACAAGAGAAUGGACGAAUUAGAGAGUCGCCUGGCUGCUAUGGCUGACGAGUUCCGCAUUUCUAAAGCACAACUCGAAACUGAUAAAGCCAAGCACAAGACAAAUUCCAUGAAGUUAUAUAAAGAAAACCAAAAGUUGCACCGGCACGUAUUGAACCUCGAAUCCAAACUGCGUUACUUUGAUCGGAGCUUCCUGCCGCAAGGCGCUCCUGUGGACUACCGCCAAAUGGACUUAAAAAAGUUGAAAGACUUUAGGAAGUGGCUCAUCCAGCAAGGCUCCCCCGUGGACGACCCUGCCAUUCUACAACUUGACAAUCAUAUUAAAAAUGGAAGCUAA